AUGGGGCCCCCAGGCAAUAGGGGAUCAUGGGGCCCCUGUGUCCUUGCCCAAACUCAAAAAAGCCUAUGAAAAAGGUUAGGGUAUUGUAGGGUGUCUUCACUCCACUGGAAACAAUGGAGACACCUUUGGACAGCAGCAUUGUCAAUCUGGGGAGAGGGCAGGGGCGGACUGACAACUCAUGGGGCCCCCGGGCAAUAGGGGAUCAUAGGGCCCCUGUGUCCUUGCCCAAACUCAAAAAAGCCUAUGAAAAAGGUACCAGGGGCAUCUCAUGGGGCCCCCUACUGACCCCGGGCCCUCGGGCAGUGCCCGAGUUUCCAAAUGGUCAGUCCGCCCCU